UAUGUGCCUCCUUUUUUAGAUCAUCCCAAGUAUAUUAGGGCUGACAAUAUUUAUUCUAUUAAAAAGGCAGAGACUGAACAAUAAGGUUGCAAUCCCAGUUUCUUGCAUUAUAUACAAGGCUACAUAAGAUCAUCUAUUUGUUCCUCAUUCUAAAUUAUUAACGGUUUCUAUUACUUCAUAUUAGAAUUGUGCUUGA